UUUUCUUCAUUUGCACUUCGCUCGUCCCCACGUUCGCUCGCGUCCCCACGACCACGUGAUGCGAUGAGCUUCACAGAAAGUCAUUAUCUUGUGACUUGUGAAGGAAGUGACCUAUGACCUGUAUAUAAAGCAUCUGGCUGCAGCUGUUCAAGACAGCAGUUACCAAUGGAAUUCAUCAGCUACCAAUGGAACGUAUAGAGCAAUGGGCCGUCGGACCAAUGGUACUUCGGACUAUAGAGACGUCCCCGUUUGCAGGAAUACAUUGAUGCUACACGUCAUUAAAAAUGGAGGCUGUCAUAACUUUAAUUAUGAAAUACUGUGGGACAGAGCUGGAUCUGUAUGGGCAGUGUGUCAACGACCAUCCUAAGGACUGGCAGACGGCAUGUGCUGAGCUGAAGGAAAAGGCCUCCAACUGCUCAGAUCAUCAUCCAGUAGUUCGUCAGAUCAACCGUGACUGUGCAGUAGAGUUCAGCAACUAUGAUACGUGCCUCAAAAAGAACCCGGAGGAUGUCACAGUGUGUGUGGACCAGCUACACAAAUUCUUAAAAUGUGCUGAUACAUCUGCCCACAGAAUACAAAAUGCAAUUUUUGAACAAUCUAAACAAGAUGGAAGCCACACGUCAUGAUGAAACCCUACUUCAGCAUUUUAUGCAGGUUACAUAUCAAACUUCUCUGUACUUUCCAGCUUCCAAAACAUACUGGGUAUUCUGUAUUUUUGAGUAAAUAUAUAAAUAAGUUGCAAGUGAUUUGUAUAAAAUGUAUACGGGUAUGUCACAAUAUAGUGUGUAAUUUUGCAUUUUGGAAUUUAGGACAGAUUUGUGGGAAUUUUUCUACAGUUCGCAGAGUUUCUUUGGUCCUCACAACCAUGGAACAAGUAUGUUAGUUCAGGCACAUGUAAGAAGUAUCAACAUGUCCUGGUACAACAGUGUGUACGCACUUUGUUGUUGCACCAUUUGCCAUUGAUGGUGACAUAUUGGGCCAUAUUUAAAACCUGUACUGAGAACGGGGUUUUGAAUAAUGAGAAUCAAGGUGCUCGCUAACAGGAUUUUCACUCCCCACUUUAUGUCAAACAAAGAUUGCGGACCCCAACACAUUUAGCGUUAAUUUUUUGUGCAUAAGAUUCAAAGCACUCAUUCAGUGCAGGAGGAAUGAUAAAAAAAUAAAAUUGUACGUGAGCAUACUA